CCGGAAGUCGUGCAGUGAGCUCCACACGUGGGUCCGGUGCAGCCUGAGCAUGUCCGGCCUGUUUAUCAAGAAGAGACCGGAGGGCCCCGUGAAGAAGCGGCGGGGGGAGGUGAAAGAUGCAGAAGCCAAAAAAGAAGAAGAAGAAAUCAGUGAAUCUGAGGGAGGAGAUCGAGAGCGACUCAGACACCGAAGUAGCCCCGACUCGCAGGAAGAAAGACCAUGUGGAGGAGGAGCUGGACGAGACGGCUCAGGAGAAGAAGCUGCGGCUGGCUAAGGAAUACUUGCAGCAGUUGAAGGAUCAAGAGGAGGAGAGGUUGGAGGAUGAGGGCGAGGACGUCAUCGCCCACAGACUGCAGGAGAAUGUGCUGGAACAGCGAGGGAAACUGCAGCGCCCUCUGGCUAAGGAGUUGCUUCCUCCGGAACCUGCAGACAUUCGUCUCUUACGGGGUCACCAAGGACCGAUCACCUGCCUGGUCAUCACACCGGAUGAUAAACAUGUCUUCUCCGGAUCCAAAGACUGCUCCAUUAUCAAAUGGUCCAUAUCUGAUGGAAAGAAGGUCCAGAAAAUCCCGGGGGGUCGGAAAGGCUGCGAGGACAAGCACAUAGGACACACUGCCCACAUCCUGUGCAUGGCCCUGUCAUCGGAUGGCAAAUAUCUGGCGUCUGGAGAUCGGAAUAAACUGAUCUUCAUCUGGAACGCGGAGACCUGUCAGAACCUCCAUAAGUUCCAGGGGCACCGGGACGCUGUGUCCGCGCUCUCCUUCCAGAAGGGAACUUACCAGCUGUUCAGUGCAUCCCACGAUCGUUCCGUCAAGGUCUGGAAUGUGGCCGAGAACUCGUACAUAGAGACCUUGUUUGGUCACCAGGAUUGUAUCACCGGCCUGGACAGUCUGAGUCGAGAGCGCUGCGUCACAUCUGGGGGCAGGGACGGAACGGUGAGGGUGUGGAAAAUUGUAGAGGAGUCGCAGCUUGUGUUCAGCGGACAUGAGUGAGUAGAGCUGUGUGCAGGAGGGGAGCCAUGCUGGGACUUGUCUAUUUACUGUGGGCUAAUACUUCCGCUCGAUGCUCUCUGGGCAUGCUGGCAGUUGUAGUGUUACCACUGAUUUGAUACCACUACCUUAGUUCAUAGCUUGCAAAAUGCAUUACAUUACUUAUCCUGUACUGAUCCUGAGUUACAUCCUGUAUUAUACUCCAGAGCUGCACUCACU